AUGAACAACCCAGAGUUUGUGCCUCCACAGGCAGAUGAAAGUCCCAAUGGUAACCUCCUCAGUUGCGAAGAUCUUCUGAUGGCAUUCAAAUCCACUGCUAGCAGUAUCCUAUCUCACAUUCCUAAGGCGGCUCGUCCUUAUGCAGCAGGGAAAUUCACAGACCUUCUUAAGCAGGUGAACGGAGGUUCCACCAAGUUAGAAGCCCGAGGCACCAUUAAAGUAUGGCACAACCUACUCCUGCUCGGCAAUGUCUGUCUUGCAGUUCCUCAAAGACGAAGCAAACUGCUAACCACAUCAAUCAAAGCAGUGCGCAACUACCCAAGAACAGACAGUUGUGUUCCUCUGCCUCAUGAUCACAGGAAUCACAGAGGCAGACCCAAGAAAAAUUCCACUGAAAACGAGAAAAUUGUCGCACAGGUGACACUGCUGGUGGUGCAGGAGACGGGAGGGCCGACAGACGAGCAGUGGUCAGCUACAGACACGCAGACGCAGCUCCUGCAGCGUCUGUUGGGUCCCCUGGCGUACGACGACGCGGACCUGCUGCGUAUCAUACGCCGGAUGUACCUGACGCCCCCCUCGCUACGCCCCUACGCCCUUAUGAGGCACCAGACCCAUACGCUGGCUUCAAGAUACAAUAGUUUCUACACUAUUGAUCCUUCCUACGUACCUCUUCAGAAACUGAUACUUGAGGUAUUCGCUGGGGUGACGGAGGGGUUCUUCGUAGAGGCCGGCGCUUUAGACGGGGAAUUCUUGUCUAACACGCUGGAGCUGGAACUACGACAACGCUGGACAGGUCUUCUGGUAGAAGCUGACGGUGAUAUGUUCAGGCACCUUUUGCGUCGACACAGGAAGGCCUGGGCCUGUCAUUGCUGCCUGGCCCCACGCCCUCACCCCCACAGGGCCAUCUUCAUGAAAUACAGUGCCACAGGAGAUCCAGAUCUAGGACUUGGCAUGUUCGCUAGAGGCCAUGGUGUUCUGGCCUCUCACGAGGAGGUCUCCCCUGUUAAACUCGUCGGAGGGAAAGUGCAAUACGCACUGCCACAAUACGAAUCUGUGCAGUGUUUGCCUCUGGCCUCUCUCCUUCUGGCUCUCAAUAUCUCCCGCGUCGAUUUUGUAUCCCUCGACGUCGAAGGGGCAGAAAAGGACAUCCUUGAAGCCUUUCCCUGGGGAAGGAUCGCUGUCGAUGCCUGGUUAGUAGAGCACAUCACGGGAGAUGUCGAUUCUGGCGCCCCUCGAAGCCACAGGAACGACAAUUUUGGCUCUGGCGGCGGUGAAAGAAAUUCUGUGGCCUCUCAGAAGAACACUGUGUAUAACCACUAUUCUAAUGACAGUAACCACCACUACAGCCACAAUUAUGCUGGUAGCAAUAAUUACAACCACGAUCCUGCUGGUGGCAUCAACUACAAUCAUAACCCAGUUGGUAGCAGCAAAUACAACCACGAUUCUGCCAGUAGCUCCAACCAUAACCACACCUUCAAACCGCACAUCACCAGCUCACCUCACCACCACCAGCCCCACCAACAGCCCCACCAACAGCCCCACCAACAGCCCCACCAACAGCCCCAUCAACAGCCCCAUCAGCAAGGAGAUCCGUCAUUUAUCAACUUCUUCCAUGCCAAAGGCUACGUACUCUAUCCGAUGGAUGUCAAGAAACUCCUGGACAACUAUCUCUUCAUCAGACGAGAUUCCAGUCUUUACAAGACACUAAGACUGGGAAAGACAGGCGAAGACGGAAGAAAGGAGAGACUUGGAGAGAGAGACGGAAGAAAAAAAAAUUAA